AUGGCCAUCCGCCUGUGGGUGGUCACCCUGGCCGUGGCUGCCCUUGUCAUUGUGGACAGAGAAGUGCCAGUGUCGGCAGAAAGGGUCAUUUUCUCAAGAAUGCCUGUCUGUGAGCACAUGGCAGAGUCUCCAGACUGUCCCCCGACACUCAACCCAGUCUGCGGCACUAACGGGGUCACAUAUGACAGUGAAUGCCAGCUCUGUUUGGCCCGGUUGAAAACCAAACAGGACAUCCAGAUCACCAAGGAUAGCAAAUGCUGA